AUGGCGAACCCGAGGCGAGCCAUCGCGCUGCACAUCCAGACGCAGCCACCUCCUCUCCCAACUACCGCCGCCGCCCUUCCACCUCACUCCUCUCUGGCGUCGUCGCUGCUCCACUUCCUGAAGCGGCCGGCGUCCUUCCCUUUCCUUCUCUCACUCUUUGUCCUCCUCACCUGGCUCUCGCUCCGCUUCCACCACCCCUCGCCGCCACCGUCGCUCGGCGGCCGUCCCUCCGUCGUGCACGAUCCUGAAGCAAACCUCGUCCGUUUCCCCGCGGAGCUCCACCCCACCCCCAUCGCCCGCGACCGGCGCGGGUGGCUCCUGGACCCCGUCGCCGCCGCCCGCGACGCCGGCCUUCCAGGUGGGGCACUGGUCUGUUUACUACUUCACGUCGGACAGAUCCAACCAGGUGGUUUACGUGGCAACCAUCGUCACCAUACUUGCAAUGAAACAUUCGUCAUCUGGGGGGCCAAGACAAAAUUCAGGUUGGAAAAUGCUGACAUAAAAGAUAAAGGAUACGGUGAAGCCAUGAUUACUGCUGACGAGAGGUCGCUAUUGUUGCAAGUGCAAGAUCCACUGCACAUGCCUUGA